UGUCUCUGCCUGGGAAUCCAGCUCUGCAACUAAGUGCAUCAUUUUUCUGCUCUUAAAAGUAUAUACAGUUUGAUUAUUUCAAGCUACAAGCUGCUUUGCUCCAUAGAAGGACCCAAAAGGAUGCAGACAGCAUUGUUUUUCUAUCUACCUGAAGAGUUUUUCCUUGUUUGCCUGAAACUUGAUAAUGGGAGGGAGUUUUCGGUUUGUUUUUAAUAACUGCCAUGGUGAAAAAAUUCUUUCUCAUGCUUGAAAUGGAACCCAAUUUUUAAAUAUGGGUUGGGUGGGAUCUAAAGGAGACAUCAUUUCCUGCAGGACUGACCUCGGGAACAUCUAGAGGGGAACUUGGUAGGAGAAAUGAAAUCUGACUUGCAACAGCCAUGCUUUAUCUUGAGGAAAUUAUCAGAUUCAUUGAGAAGGAAAAUUAAAUAUUGACCAAGGACAAUGUCUUUAUUUCUCGGUAACUUCUCAACAAAUGACUCUAACCUGUGGAAAGAAAGCCAUAAUUCUACGGACCUUUUAAAUCCACCAGGAACUCUGAAUAUCUAUCUUUUUUGCCUGACAUGUUUAAUUUCUCUUGCAGCUCUGGUGGGCAGCAUUUAUUCACUAGUUUCCCUGCUGAGAAUGCAGAACAGAACUGUUGUAUCCAUGCUUGUGGCUUCCUGGUCUGUGGAUGAUCUCCUGAGCGUCCUGUCGGUGACCAUCUUCAUGUUUUUGCAGUGGCCGAAAGAGGUCCCUGGUAACUUCCAGACUCUGUGCACCGCCUCUGCCUUACUGUAUUUAUUCCAGGGCCUCUCCAGCAACUUGAAGGCGACUCUCCUGGUCUUGUACAACUUUUACACGAUGCACAGAACUGUGGGGAGCCAGACAGCGUCCAGAAGAGCCGGCCAGGUGCUCGGCGCGGCGCUGUCGGUGUGGGCCGCCAGCCUGGGGCUCUCCGCGCUCCCGCUGUGCGGCUGGGGCGCCUUCGUGCGCACGCCCUGGGGCUGCCGCGCAGACGGCUCCAGCUCCUACGUGCUGCUCCUCUUCGCCGUGUACGCUUCGGCUUUCGGAGUCCUCGCCGGCUUCUCUGGUCCUCUCAUUCUUCGGUUGCUGUGUUCGGAGGAGCCGCUGCGACUCCACGCCAACUAUCAGGAAAUUUCCCGUGGAGCUUCCACCCCCGGGACCCCGCCUACCGGGGGGAGAGUGCUUUCCCCCUCCCCAGAGGAUGCUCCGGGCGCGGCUCUGCGGUGCUCGGGGAGAUGGUCCCCGAGCUCUGAUUCUGCGUUCCGACCCGGUGCGCCCGCUGCCGCUGGAGCUGGAGCCUGCAGGCGGGAGGACCGGGAGACUGUCUUUGGCACCAGGAGCUUCACCAUAAGUGUAGCACAGAAGCGGUUCGCUUUGAUCCUGGCGCUGACAAAAGUCACCCUCUGGCUGCCUAUGAUGAUUCACAUGGUGGUCCAGCACGUGGUGAGAGCGCAGAACCUUCCCUUCGAGACACUCAGCUUCCUGCUCAGCCUGCUGGCCACCACUGUAACCCCAGUGUUUGUCUUGUCCAAACGCUGGACCCACUUGCCCUGUGGCUGCAUCAUCAACUGCAGACAGAACGCGGGCGCGGUGGCCUCCGAUGGGACAAGAAACAAGAGGAGAGGCUUUGAAUUCAACCUGUCAUUCCAACAAAGUUAUGGGAUUUAUAAAAUAGCACAUGAAGAUUACUAUGAUGAAGAUGAAAAUUCUAUAUCCUAUCACAACCUGAUGAACUAUGAGUGUGAGGCUACGAAGGACCCUCAGAGAGACAACCGUAAUGUCUUCAGUGCCAUAAAAGUAGAAAUCAGCACCACCUCGUCUUUGGACAGCGCCACAAGAAAAGGCAUCAAUAAAUACACGAAUACUGAUAUUGCAGAAGCUACACAGGAUUCUGACAAAGAAAAGGGUGUGUUUUCUGACAGAACAGGAGGUGAUACUGAGUAUGAAGAAACCACCGUUUUUGAAGGGGCAGAAAGGAGACUCUCUCAUGAGGAGAGUCAGAAACCAGACCUUUCAGACUGGGAGUGGUGUAGGAGUAAAUCAGAAAGAACCCCACGUCAGCGUUCCGGUGGUGCCCUCGCCAUCCCUCUGUGCGCCUUCCAGGGCACCGUGUCUCUGCAGGCACCGACGGGGAAAACCCUCUCUCUUUCCACCUACGAGGUAAGCGCAGAAGGGCAGAAAAUAACCCCGGCCUCUAAGAAGAUAGAAGUCUACCGAUCCAAAAGUGUUGGCCAUGAACCAGACUCAGAGGAUUCUCCCUCGGCAUUUGUGGACACCAGUGUGAAAAUACACUUGGAGGUUCUUGAAAUUUGUGAUAACGAGGAGGCCUUGGACACCGUGUCAAUCAUCAGUAACAUCAGCCAGUCCUCCACACAAGUCAGAUCCCCGUCCCUGCGCUACUCACGGAAGGAAAACAGAUUUGUUUCCUGCGAUCUGGGUGAAACAGCCUCCUACUCGCUCUUUUUACCCACAAGUAAUCCUGACGGUGAUCUCAACAUCUCCAUUCCAGACACAGUGGAAGCCCACAGGCGGAACAGUAAAAGGCAGCGCCCGGAGGACGGCUACCAGGAGGAGAUCCAGUUGUUAAAUAAAGCUUACAGGAAAAGGGAGGAAGAGAGGAAGGCAGUGAGUGAUCAUUCCGUCUGAAGAAAACUCCACCACUUCACACUCUGAAACUAACACCUCCGCUGUGAGGCCCGGUUCCUUCUAUCUGUUUGUUUACAUGAGCUUUACUGCUAUAAUCCUCAAUUCUUUUUCCUGUGAACAGCUGGAACUAGUGCAAACUCUUAAAUGCAUUUGAUGUGGAACCUAAGGUCACACACUGUGGUAAUUAAAAGAUUUUGUUUCUUAUCUGAUUUCUAAAAAGAGAAAAAGAUAUUUUCUAAAUCAAAUCUUAGCCUAGUUUACUAAUAUUUGUCAACCUCUGAGUAAGCAGAAAAUUGUGUAAACUCAACAGAUAUGAUACUGUUCCCAUGGACAUGUUUCUAUACAUAUUUUUGGCCUUUGCUGCAAGGGAAAAAGACAUUUAGGAAAAGAAAGAAAUGUAGCGAAACUCCUAGUCGCAUUUGAAGAGGCUUGCCUAAAUGUGGCUUGCAAAACAAGCUUAUUAUAUUACUGCUUUAGCUUUAUACUGCUGUCUAGGAAAUAUAUUCUGUAAUAUGGCAACUUAGCUUCCAAAGUGAAUAACCCUAUAUAAACAGGUGUCUCCUUUCAUUUAUAUCAGAUACAAAUUGUUUACUGACUGCUGUUUUCUCUCUCUCUUAAAUAUAACAGUGUUUCCCUUUCAUUCUUUCAAUGUGUUAAAACUGGCCCAUAAAACAAAUAUGUUGUGUGUUACAGGUGGAAAAAGUAGUCUUUAACGCAAACCUCAUUAGAAAAAGUUGUAAUUGUACACUUCAUCCUGGCAUUGUUUCAUUAAUUUGAAUGGGAAUUGAGAGUAAAUACUGGCAGAUUUUGUUCUGAGAAGUAAAACCAACUAGGGUAAUAAACUUCUGGAUAAAAGGUGCUUAGGGAUUAUUAUCUUUUUCUGAAGCCGUAGAUUGAACAAACUUUCUUAGCCAUUCUUGAAACAGAAAAAUGUACUUCAAAUAUUGUAUUAAGCACAGUUUUUCUUUUCUAAAGACAUGUGUUAUCACAAGUAAAGAAACAAUUCAACCUAGUUUAUUUCAUAAUUGUAAGGUAUAUAUUUCAAGAUUAAUUUUAAAAUGCAUUACACUGCAAAAAUGCAAUAAUCACCUUGUCAGAAUAUUAGUAAUGUAUAUUUCAAAAAACUAUAAAGUGAUUUUUUUAUUCAAAUUGCUUAAUUCUAAUCUUUCUGUAAACAUAUAUUAAAGUGUCAGUUAUAUGUUUAUUUUCCAAAGUUAUUGAGUUGACAUUUUUCACGGCCUUAGACUUUGUGUACCCCACUUCACUCACAAAGCUUAUAUACCUAUUUAUAGAUUGAAUGAAUGAUUUGUUCGAGUGAUUUAUUUUGGUUUCUAUUUCAUUUUAUUGAGUCAGAAUUGUAAAUUAUUUGACAUGGGUUUUCAGAUUGUUUCAUCUUCAUAAGACUGUUUUUGUGCGGAAAAAAAAGUCAGUUUCAAAAUAAUUUCAAUGGUCUUUCUCCAUUUAACUUCUCAAUAUUUUGUUAUCUAAAUUUAGGAAGUAAACAUAAUGCCCUCAGCAAUGUUUGUAAAGCAAGUUUCAAAUAAUGAAUAACAUACAAAUUCAAAUUCAAGUGUAUUCUUAUUACAAUAUAUUUUACUUUAAAAGACUUUAUGGCUGGACUCAGUGACUCACACCUGUAAUCCUAGCACUUUGGGAGGCUGAGGUUGGAGGAUCCCUGGAGGCUAGGACCGCCUUGGGCAACAUAGCAAGACCCCAUCUUUAAAAAAACAUAAAUAAUAAAAGACCUUGUAUCACCAUAAUUGAUGGCUAUUUUAACACAAUGACUAAUGGACAGAUCAAUCUAAUGUCGUAAAUCAAUGCCACUAAAUGUCUUUAUAAAAUAAAAAUUGAAUUGAAUAUUCCAAAAAUGCUUUGUAAAAGAUAGGCUUUAAUAUCUUAAAUUUAUAUGCAUAAUUUUCUGAAAUAGGUGAUUUGCUGCUUUAAAAUGCAAUUUCUGAGAAGAAAGUUAAAAACAAGAUCAUAAUAAAAUUGGAAAAGAUAAUAAAAAUUUGAAUGAAAACAAAUUCUUUGUUACUACCCAGCCCUUUUAAUGGAAAAGAGAAGAUAAUGUAAAUCAAAAGUUUAAAGAGCAUAAUCAUGGGAUGUGAAAACAUAAUACUCAUUUUUCCCUCCUGCCUUUCAUUUUAUUUUCAAUGGACAUGAAACUAGGCUGGGGAACUGGAAAAAAAUUAGGAUUUUCCAUUUAAUUAUCCUUGGGUGUUCAUGUAAUUAUACAAUGGAUAGAUUUAAAAAUUCUGCUGCACACCUGCGGUGCAUCUUACAAGUGAAACUUAGUAAAUGUAGAAUGUAAAUGUCUUAACACAAUAACCAGGAAGGCUAUGUUAACCAGUGUGAUGAAAAUGUGUCAAACGGUCUAUAAAACCAGAGUAUGGUGCCCCAUGAUCACAUUAAUGUACACAGCUAUGAUUUAAUAAAUAAAAUAAAAAUAAAUAAAAAU